AUGACGCGACCCAAGGUCCCACCAGGUACACCAACGACAGCGUACAGCCCAGGCGUGCGAAAGCUGCAAGAGGAGAAAACAAAAGGCAAGUCAAACUCUCAGACUUGUCAACUGCUGCAUCAUGAGGCUAUGUGCAUUCGGUUACGAACGCCCUUGGCAUGGAUCCCUGUCGACGUUCACAACCUGCAACGCAAGUUCACCUGUAUAUAUGCAGAUCGAGAUCCUAAUUCCCCGAACGAGGACGGACCCCCCACAAAGAGACGUACCGCUGAGAACAGUAAUGACAAUGACGGUCUGCUGUACGUACUUUUCAUUCCAUUACAUUACCACAUUGAUGGAAUCCAGAAAAAUAUUGACGCUUUUUUGUUCAUUGCUACAUCCCUGAUCGAUAUCUCCCACCUAGUCUCGAGCACAUUUACUGACUGCCCACUUUGUAGCCUGAACGACAACUCGGCUGCCAACACACCCAUCAAUGAGCACACGCAGGUAACCCCACUGUCGUCACAUAACCGAACGUCUUCCGGUACCCGACCAAAUCUGUCGGCACGUGCACUCAAUGUGGAGCAAGACACACCAUUAAAAUCGCCAGGCCCCAGACUGAGUAUUGAGCACACAAGUAUCCCGAUCGAUCGUCCAUCUGUCAAUCGCGAGAAUGCACGCGAAAGACCUACUUCGACCAAUGCUACCACACCUCAUGAUGGUGCGGAUGAUGUGGCGGAGUUCCCAAGUCAGAGUCGAAUGUUGCAAGAUCCGACCGGCCGGGUGAUAUACAUAGGCGAUGCAGCUACUUUGUCAUUCCUCCAGCUACUCCGGAUGAUGGUAGAAACGGUAGCCGGUCCAUCACCCUUCACGACUGACCCUCGACGACACAAGAUAGUCGAAGGUCAGUACUCGCUCCCGCUGGGCUAUCGACAUACCAGUCUCCUUCCAGACGAGCAAACGGCUCGUGUGCUGGUGGAUGCCUUUUUCAUCAACACCCAUGGCUUGUUGCAGGUCUUCCACCGUGACUACUUCCUCGAAAAGCUAGAGCAUUGCUACUCCGAUCCGCUAUCUGUGGACCCUUCCUGGUUAUGCCUGCUCAACCUAGUCUUCGCUAUUGGACUAACAAUGGCCACACCACUUUCGGGAAGUCCGGAGGCGCUAAUCGUUGACAAGCUUCGAAGCGAACACCUCGAUAGAGCUGAGGCCUUCUACCUUAAUGCUAAGAACAUGAAUGAUCCAAUGACUGGCCUUGAGGAUCAGGACUUUUGGUCUGUUCAAGCGCUACUUCUCAUGUCUUAUUACAUGUUGGCCAAAACCAAGCGGAAUGCUGCUUUCGCGUUACUUGGUAUGGCAGUACGGUCUGCACUCGCGCUUGGGCUCCACAGAGAAGAGACCAUGGUCAUAUUCAGCCCCGAUGAACAAACGCAGCGAAAAGACCUUUGGCGGUCAAUCUUCGUCAUGGAUAGGCUACUCUCCUGCUCUCUGGGUCGUCCAACCGCCAUAUCAGAAGACGACUGCUCAGGAGACACGCUACGUCCGCCAGACUGUGUUCGCGACCAAAACUGGAGUUUCAGCGCGAAAACAGUGUACGAUUUCAACGAAACAGGUCCUCAAGCUCUAGAGGCCACUGUCCGAAGCUGCAGAGUGAUUGGAUUCAUCUUGCGGAAGGUAUACCAGCAACGCAAGAUCAGCACUCGCCUUGCGCAGGAGAUAUCGGACAUAUGUAAGACAUGGCCCCGGUUACUGACGCCUAUCUUGCAAUGGCGACAAGCAGCGACUGCUUCGCCCAGUCAAGGCGUGGCCAUCUUGCACACCAACUUGUUUUACUGUCAUUCUAUCAUCCUCCUUACCCGACCCUUCUUACUAUAUAUACUAAACAAAGAGACCCAAAGACACGUCGGACAGUCCGGAUCAAGAGGGCCACGACCUUUCCACCGUAUGGAGAGGUUUAGCGAAGCUUGUGUCAUUGCCUCUGUACAUACCAUUUUGCUGGCACAAAACGCUUACGAAGCUGGCUACCUGUCCCGGCGCAACCCAGCUGUCAUCUAUUUCCUUUUCGCAGCCACACUCGUCAUCCUCGCAAGCGACUUCGCCGGCCUAUACCAAAUCGAGUUGACGGACAACUGCGUCGUGAACGCCAUAAACGUCAUGAACUACUGUGCUGAGAGCGAUCAACAAGCCAGCCGUCUUGUCUACAUUCUAAGUUCUUUCAGAGACGUCGUCGCGCAGCAACGACUACGCCGUCGACACGAUCAGACAAGCAAUUCGACCUUGCCCAGCAUUGCAUCGCAACUCUACGGUGUGCAGAUGCCGCAGCAACAACGGAAUGCAACGCCCCAGGCAACUGAUCUAGCGCAUUCGACUAACCCAAUGGACGCAACACCACGACUCCAUCAAGUCCCCGUGCACAUUUAUCCCGGGAUGCAAACAGCGCCACUCAACGAACCCAUGCUCACAUAUCAAGCAUCUGAGCAACACCAUCCUCUCGACCAGGAUCGACAUCAAUCCAACCUUCAGCGUACACCCGCUCCCGCAGGAGAGGACUUUAGUGUUCAUCUAUCACCUAUUCAAGAGCCACCACCAAUGAAUAUGGCUACACCAUCAUUCCCACCUGCUUCGAAGCCACCUUCGCUAUCAGCAAUGCUCGAUCUCUCCGCUUUGGAAGCAACGCGCGUUCCUAGUCUACACUCUGAGGAGAGUGGACAAGAUGAACAGAUUGAUUUUGAUGCACUGUGGGCUUGGCCUAGCAAUACGCCUGCGAUGGGGAGCCCAAGGGCUAUGGAGGCAGGUGGCGUGAGCGAGCGGGUGCAAGGUAUCAGCGAUAGUGUUGUACCUAUGUUUGGAGUUAGUAGGGAGGGGACGGAUGGCAUUUAA